AUCGGACGUUACCCGUGCGCCCGUCCCUUCGUGUCCUGAUGCUCAACGUCGGCCUCGUUUGAACCGGAGAAUGUCACUUUCUGUUAGCACUGGAGGGGGUGGCACUUCGUUAGCGAACAUACCUCCUAGUCCGUACCCCAGUUUACCACCCAGUCGUCAAGAAACACCCCCAAAAGUAUCUCCUAUCGGCGGUCUACUGGGUCGUGUGAGGCAACGGAGAAGUAGCUUUUUAUUAGGGGUUGCUGGUGGUAGGGCAAGUGCGGGUGCGUGGGCGUGUGGGGACGUGAAGAAGGAAGGUGUAGAGGCUCGGACCGUGGAGGCGGCUUCGAGUGGAGUUGAAAGCCAGCAGCUAACCCAUCCCUCGACUGCGUCAAGUCCGCCAGGUAACUCCCAAGAGGUUACCGGUUCGUCGUCAUCCACUGUGACACAUGUGCCUAGUCAGCCCGCGCCGACCGAGGCUCCUCCCACUGUCACGAGCUCAAUGCCAAUCCUUCAGGAAGCCUCAGGAUCUAUGACGAUUGAAGGACGUCGGAUGAGCUUGCGGAAGAGGAAACGUGAGGAGACGCAUUGUCCGACCAGUGAGGAAUCUGAGCAUGGCGCUAGUAAUGGCGCCAUCGUACCUGGCAUGAAGGGCAGCCCCUCGCUUGAGACCAGUUUACAGGAGGCAGGUAUGUACUCAAACAUCUUCUCUCACCAAGUCCCGUUUGGAUUACCGAAUAUUGAUCAUUUGUUACUCUGUAGAAUCAGACGAAGGCGAGAUGUUGCCAGAUAAUGGUCGCCGCCAGCGCCGAAAGCGUUCGCACUCAGGGAUGACCGUUCACGAUCUUUUCGUUGAUAGGGGUGCUUCUGC